UUUCAAGAGAAAAGUGUUAAAAUUUUAGUAAUUGAAUACCACAAUUUAAUACAAAGCGAGAUAGCGAUAGAGGAAGAUCGAGAGACGGAGCGUCCUCCUUAGAUAUAGUCUUAUGGGUAUCAAGAAUUCCCAAACAGAACAAAAUGGAGAGCGAGCGAUUUGGUUCGGAUGAAAAGACGGUUCCAUACACUUCAGAUUCCGCUACUGGUGGCAAGGACUCAGUGAAGCCGGAUACCUUUUUGCAGUUGGAUAUUGAUGAGCUUGUGUCAAAUAGCAGCGCCGAUGAGACUCCCCCCUCCAUAAUUGUAAUCGAGACAUGCAUUAGCUCCAAGGAACCGACGGAGUCGCAGCCUGCAGCAAUAAAGCAAGACGAGAGCCAACCAAUCGAAAAGGCCGGCUGUUCCAUUUCUUUGGGUCUCAAGCCCAAUGUGCAGUUCCAGAUUCUAUCUCAAAAUGUCGACAGCGUCGGUCACGUGUUGGCUAGCACCGAGGCAGCUCUGGCUGCGGCCAAUAUCUCUACUGCAAUCUCAACUGGCAGCAAUCAAACCAUACCGAAGCUAAGUCGCUGCGAGGACAGCGGCACUCAGUGCAACAACCUGAACCUGGACUGCGUGGAAGCGAAUUCCAGUGAGUCGUUGCCAUCGAUUGGCUCUCUCGUCUGUCGCAUCUGCCACAAUGCUGAUAAUCCUGAACAACUGGUGUCGCCCUGUUUGUGCAAGGGCUCGCUGACAUAUGUGCACGUGCACUGCCUGGAGCGCUGGAUUAGCACCUCGCGCUGCACGAUCUGUGAGCUGUGCCAGUUUCAUUAUAACACGGAGCAAACGCUGCGCUACACCUGCCUACAAUCGCUGCGUAUGUGGUACUCCAGGGCAAUGAGCCGGCGCGCCCUGCAGGAGGAUUGCCAGAUGUUCUCGCUGCUGACUCUGGUGGCGUUUGGGAUCAUUGGCACCUUACUGGUGGGCAUACAGUACUAUGCUAUGCACACUCAGUCCUGGGGCCUGAGCAAACUGUGGACCAAGUCCUGGAUGUUGUUCUUCCUGUUUAUGACGAUUACUGUUUACUUUGCCAAUGUCUAUAUGCUGAUCAAGUCGCAGCUAACGCCCUGGUAUCGCUGGUGGCAGUCGGCACGUGAUAUUAAGCUCAUAUUGGAAAAUCGCCGACCCUUUCCGAAUCCCAAUCGCGUACAGCGGCUAACGAUAGAAACGGCCUCGACCACAGCUUCCAUGUUUACGCAUCACGAUCAGUUGGAUGUGGAGAGGCUCCCAUCCGUGCAGCCCCACUAUCUGUCCCCUUCAUCCAGCGCUGUCUCGCUGACCAGAUCCGCGCCGCCCACAGCAGAGAAGCUGAUGGAGACGGAAACAAAACUGCAGACUGUAAAUGCCAACAACAGCACAGAUGCAGCCAACGAAUUGACUCUGCUGAGCAGCAGCUCAAAUCCGAAUCAGAAUCCGUAUUCCAAUCCAAGUACCAGUCCCAAGUGUAACUAUGAUGCUGACGCAAGCGCUGAGUCCGACAAGAAGAUGCAGCAGGAGACAGAGCCGGCGGAGAAGGGAGGCAAUGCCAACAACAACUAAGUAGUCGACUGCCCGAACUGCUGCUCAACAUCACUGCCCAUUUCGCCCACUUGUUCCGCCUGAAGCUGUGUUCCGCUGCGUGGGCUGAUGUUGACAUAUUGGAAGUAGACCUUCUCCUCUCUGUUGAAUGAUGUUCAGCUAGCGCCAUGUAUAUUUGGCAAAGGGUUAACAGCACGGCGACCUUCAAUCAAUUUUGUGCUGCUGUUGGCCAGCUCGCUGACUGGCUGGACAUGCUUAGGCAAUCACUGUGCGGACACCACGUCAGACCAAAUGAUUGAGCAUCUUCUAGCCUAAAUCGCUCCAAAUCCUCUAUGCACUAUUUGCCCGUUUGUUUCUCUGAGCGUUGUUCUUUUGGACGGGGUUGAGGAGCUUGUCAACUAAACCCCAAAUUGAAAGCAAAGUCAAGUAGCGCCCAGCACAUCGCUUUUUGCAGCUUAAGGCCCAAUUUGCCUUUUUUGUACGUUACUCACUCAUAAGCUUAAAUCUCUUAAGAAUAUUGUACUCAGUAAUAAAAGAUUUUUUUAGGCUGA